AUGCUCAUCUACAAGGAUAUCCUCACCGGCGACGAGAUCGUCUCCGACUCGUACGACCCCAAGCUUGUCGACAAUGUUGUCUACGAGGUCGACUGUGCUAUGGUCACAGAGGGCGCCGUCGAGGUCAACACUGGCGCCAACGCCUCCGCCGAGGAGGCCGAGGAGGCCCUUGACGAUGCCGAGGUCAAGGUCAACAACGUCGUCAACUCUUUCCGCCUGCAGAGCACCGUUUUCGACAAGAAGUCCUACCUCUCCCACCUCAAGGGCUACAUGAAGGCCGUCAAGGCCAAGUUGACCGAGAAGGGCGCCUCGCCCGAGACCAUUGCCGAGUUUGAGAAGGGCGCCCAGACCUACGUUAAGGAGAAGCUCCUCCCCAACUUCAAGGACUUUGAGUUCUACACUGGCGAGUCGCAGGAUGUCGACGGCAUGGUCGUUCUGCUCAACUACCGUGAGGACGGUGUCACCCCCUAUAUCAUCGCCUGGAAGCACGGUCUUGAGGAGAUGAAGGUCUAA